CAACAGCAGCAGACAGAAAGACAAGGAGAGGAAAAGCCGACUCGGCCUUUUUCUCACCAAGUCGGGCUCCCAUGAAAACGUCAGCCCCCAUAAAAAGACAAAUACGACAUCAAGCGACAUCUCAGUGGAAGCGGCCUUACAAUGGAGCGAUUCCUUUGAAGAACUGCUAAAGCACACAGACGGGGUGGAAACCUUCUCUCAGUUCCUCAGGACGGAGUUCAGUGAGGAAAACAUUGAGUUCUGGUUGGCCUGUGAGGAAUACAAGACCAUUGAUUCUGAAACAAAGAUGCUGUCCAAAGCCAAAUAUAUUUAUUCAGUUUUUAUUGAAGCUGAGGCCCCCAAAGAGGUCAACAUCGACUACAACACCAAGACGGCCGUCAAGAAGAACAUGGAACACCCGACAAGAAGCUGUUUUGAGGCGGCCCAGAUGAAAGUCUUCAGUCUGAUGAAGAAAGACUCGUAUCCCAGGUUCCUGCACUCUGACAUUUAUAUGCGCAUCACUCGGAGGAAGGGCCCCGGGGCCAACAUGUUCCGCCGGAGGUCACGUUCCUGCGUGUUUAACGAGAGGGGCGAGGCCACAACAGAACCAUCGGCGUGGUGAUUGGGACCUGACCUGCACACGUGGAGUGGAUUGACCGUUGUUUGCAGCACGAGUGCUGAGAUAUGCUAUYUGGUGGUUUUAUUUUUUCUUCUUCUUUUCUGCAAGUUCUUAUUUGCAGAGUGCAAUAUUUUUGUGUAACAGGAGAGUUUUUAUAAUGGAUUAUUGCACAAAAGCACCACAGCAACUUGUCAUCAUUGGUUGUAGGAAGAUWCGUUUUGGGAAAUGUGCUUUAUUUCCCAGAUUUACUAAUGAUUUCUUGAUUUCUUUUGUUAGCAUGUUUAGUUAAUCUCAGCGUAGCGUAAAGGCUAUGAAGCGGUGACAAGCGCUGACGUGGAUUAAACGAUWGUUUAUAAGAACAUUAGUUAACUAAAAUCCUAAAAACGAGUCAUGGCAGUGGCAUUAUUUUGGCCUAGUGCUUCCUUAGCCUAAUGCAGUAAACAUUUUUUGUUUACCUAUCAACUUAACGGUACUGACAAGAUUAUUUAAUUGCAUUAUCGCAGUCUUUAUGCUGCGGUAUCAGUAUUGAUCACGAACACAAAGUUGUUUUCUUACACAGUUUGUUCACUUUUCCACAUUCUGCACAGCUCCAACAUAACUGAGACCAAGAGUCUUUCAAAGGAUGUUUUGCCAUGUUGAA